UUCAAUGCGGAUCGUUUGUCACAGAUUGCUUUGCACGCUUUAUAGACACUGUCCCGUCGUCACCUUGUAUCACAAAAUCCACAGACCAGAUCAAAAUCGGCGGUUCUAUUCCCCAGGAGGUCAGAGACUCGAGUCACAAUGCAGACCACUAAGACACCUGACAAGGAGAAGAAGGCUCCACGGCAAAAGCUCGCGGAGGCUGUAAGCAAAUUCACAGCCCGGCUUUGGGACCGGAACCCAGUCCAGAUUCCGGACACCGUCGACGAAAAGCAGCAAUACACGAGUCCCUGCCAAUGGGAUAUUAUCGACAAAAUUGAGCCUGAGACAAUUGUCGCAGUCGUGCGCUCUGCCCUUGUAAAGCGCAACUGCGCAUACAGCAAGGCCCGUAUGUUUUUUCUUUUCUAUAAUCGGAGCGAAUUCAACAAGUCCUUCGUCGUCCAGACACGCAACCCCGACUCGCACAAGCUCGAGUGCUGGGCCGUCAAAAUCCCCGGCUGCGGUACCCCUGAUGUCUGGAACGCAGAAUAUGCGCAAUUACUCACGCAAGAAGUGCAGACGCUGGGCCUCAUUGCCACAUACGCCAACGUGCCUGCCCCAGUCGUCAUCGACCACUCCCCCACGCUAGACAACACCUUUGGGUUCCCGUACAUCGUCACGACAGACCCGCACGGCCAACACAUGGGGUUGAUAUGGUUCGACGAGCCCGGCGUACCUACACCACCAGAGAAAGAGCAGGGGCGCCUCACCUGUCUGCGCUCGUUGGCGCGGCAGAUGACCGAGCUGGAUAAACUACAGUUCGCUCAGAUUGGCGCCCCCAUGUUCGAUCCGCACACAGCCCCGGUUGAAAACUGCAAGGACAUUGAGGCCGAACGCCUCCCCGUCGGCCCUUGCGUCGCCUGGCCCUACAGCGACUCACACGAGACCAUCAUGUUGAUCGGUCCCUUCCCUUCAAUUCAAGCCUUGGUCCAAGCCGCACUCGCAAUGCCGAACAACUUCGACCUCCGUGACAAACCCGGGUCCCUUCCCAGCUUCCCACUGACACGCGCCCAAUAUCGCGACCGUGGCACCGCCAAAUUCCUUAGCAUCCUCCUCGCACAUCCCAGCUUCCACUCCUCGCCCACCGAAACAUUCGUCCUGACCCAGCCCCAUCUCGACGCGGAUAACGUGUUCAUCUCGCCCUCAGGCACCGUAACCGCCAUCCUAGGUUGGGAAAACGUCAUCGCCGGCAGGCGGUGCACCGCACACGCCUCCGCUCCCUCCUUCCUCGAAGAAGAUUGGACUUUCGCUCCCGGAUGGCCGAUGUUCCCUAGUUGGCGUGCGCCGUACUACCGUACCAUGUGGGCGGCAGCGCUCGUCGAAGCAGGGAACUCGGAUGCGCAGGUUGCAAGCAAGAGUCAUAUUUGCGAUGCGAUAUCUCGGGUGCUGUGGAAUAAUAGGGAAUACACGAGUUGGUUGCUGACGCGGGUGGUGUGCGAGAUGGGGUUGCAGGUGAGUGUGGAUGAACUGGUGGAGUUGCUGGGGAUGGGGUGUGUGGCGACGGAGAACAUGCUGCGGGAGAAGGUGGAUGAUAUUUUGAGGCCUGAGAUGCCGCCAGAGGGAUUUUUGGAGCACGUUGAGGCGCAGAUUGCGGACGCGAUUGUGCGAGAGUGGAUGGCGGGCUUUGAUGGGUUGCUGGAGUGAGAGACGCGUACUUGGCUGUAGUGGAGAACUUUACAGUAGUGUUU